UUUUCCAAUUUCCGACGACGGUGAAAGUACCACCACAGUCCCGAUUCUCCAUCUUCCUCAACCUGGCAAAGGAAGGGACCAACCUGCGUCUUGCGCCCACUUUUUCCCCCCUCAGCUGAUACAAGACCAACCAGACUUAAAGGACCACAAUCAUGACGGACUCCAAAUAUUUCACGACGAACAAAAAGGGGGAGAUCUUUGAACUGAAGGCGGAGCUGAACAAUGAGAAGAAGGAGAAGAGAAAAGAGGCAGUAAAGAAGGUCAUUGCUGCCAUGACUGUUGGCAAGGAUGUCAGCUCUUUGUUUCCAGAUGUGGUGAACUGCAUGCAGACCGACAACCUGGAGCUGAAGAAGUUGGUCUACCUCUACUUAAUGAACUACGCCAAGAGCCAGCCUGACAUGGCCAUCAUGGCUGUCAACAGCUUUGUCAAGGACUGUGAGGAUCCCAACCCUCUGAUCCGGGCCCUGGCUGUUCGCACCAUGGGCUGCAUCCGGGUGGACAAGAUCACAGAGUAUCUGUGUGAGCCGCUGAGGAAAUGCCUGAAGGACGAGGACCCAUACGUGAGGAAGACGGCGGCUGUUUGUGUGGCUAAACUUCAUGACAUCAAUGCCCAGAUGGUGGAGGACCAGGGCUUCCUGGACUCCCUGAGAGACCUCAUUGCCGACUCAAAUCCCAUGGUCGUGGCCAACGCAGUUGCUGCCCUGUCUGAGAUCAGCGAGUCUCACCCCAACAGCAACCUGCUGGACCUCAACCCUCAGAACAUCAACAAGCUGCUGACGGCCCUCAACGAGUGCACAGAGUGGGGACAGAUCUUCAUCCUGGACUGCUUGUCCAACUACAACCCUAAGGAUGAGCGCGAGGCCCAAAGCAUCUGUGAGCGCGUCACUCCCCGGCUGUCUCACGCCAACUCAGCAGUGGUGCUGUCAGCUGUCAAGGUGCUGAUGAAGUUCCUGGAGCUGCUGCCCAAGGACUCCGACUACUACAACACCUUGCUGAAGAAGUUAUCCCCACCGCUGGUCACCUUGCUCUCUGGAGAGCCCGAGGUCCAGUACGUGGCUCUGAGGAACAUCAACCUCAUUGUUCAGAAAAGGCCUGAGAUCCUGAAGCAGGAGAUCAAGGUGUUCUUUGUCAAGUACAACGACCCCAUCUAUGUGAAACUGGAGAAAUUGGACAUCAUGAUCCGCUUGGCCUCUCAGGCAAACAUUGCUCAGGUGCUGGCUGAACUGAAGGAAUACGCCACUGAGGUGGACGUUGACUUUGUGCGUAAGGCUGUACGAGCCAUUGGACGCUGUGCCAUCAAAGUGGAGCAAUCAGCUGAGCGCUGUGUCAGCACCCUGCUGGACCUGAUCCAGACCAAGGUCAACUACGUGGUUCAGGAGGCUAUUGUGGUCAUCAGGGAUAUCUUCCGCAAGUACCCAAACAAGUAUGAAAGCAUCAUUGCUACGCUGUGUGAGAAUCUGGACUCUCUGGAUGAGCCUGAUGCUCGUGCUGCCAUGAUCUGGAUUGUUGGCGAGUAUGCCGAGAGGAUCGAUAACGCUGACGAGCUGCUGGAGAGCUUCCUGGAGGGCUUCCAUGAUGAGAGCACCCAGGUCCAGCUCACUUUGCUGACUGCCAUUGUUAAGCUGUUCCUUAAGAAGCCGUCGGAGACUCAGGAGUUGGUGCAGCAGGUCCUCAGCCUGGCCACUCAGGACUCUGACAACCCUGACCUGCGUGACAGAGGCUACAUUUAUUGGCGCCUGUUGUCCACCGACCCUGUGACUGCCAAGGAGGUGGUGUUGUCGGAAAAGCCCCUGAUCUCAGAGGAGACGGACCUGAUCGAGCCCACCCUGCUGGAUGAGCUCAUCUGCCACAUUGGCUCCCUGGCCUCCGUCUACCACAAACCGCCCAGCGCCUUCGUCGAGGGCAGCCACGGAGUGCACCGGAAACACCUUCCUGUGCAGCACAGCAGCAUUGAUACUGGUGAGAGCCCAGUGAGCAGCGGGCCAGCACCUGCCAUGGACCAGACACAUGUGAUCCCCAGCCAGGGUGACCUGCUGGGUGACCUGCUGAACCUGGACCUGGGCCCUCCAGUCAAUGUGCCCCAGGUCUCCUCCAUGCAGAUGGGGGCGGUGGACCUCCUGGGAGGAGGCCUGGACAGUUUGCUGGGGGGAGACCUGGGCGGAGGUGUUGGGGGAAGUCCAGCAGUUGGACAGAAUUUCAUCCCCUCAUCUGUCCCCAGUACUUUUGCUCCGUCACCUACACCUGCUCCUCAAGCGGUCAGCAGUGGCCUUAACGACUUGUUCGAGCUCUCCACAGGCAUGGCCAUCACCACUGGAGGCCAUAUAGCCGCAAAAGCAAUCUGGCUGCCUGCUGUGAAGGCCAAGGGACUGGAGAUCUCUGGAACCUUCUCUCGUCGUCAGGGCCACAUGUACAUGGACAUGACCUUCACCAACAAGGCCCUGCAACACAUGACCGACUUCGCUGUCCAGUUCAACAAGAACAGUUUUGGGAUGAUCCCUACCAGUCCUCUGCCCGUUCACACUCCACUGAUGCCCAGCCAGACUAUUGAGGUCUCUUUGCCUAUCAACACCAUCGGGCCUGUCAUGAAGAUGGACCCACUCAAUAAUCUGCAGGUGGCUGUGAAGAACAACAUCGACGUCUUCUACUUCAGCGUUCUCAUCCCUCUCAACAUAUUCUUUGUUGAGGAUGGAAAAAUGGAGCGACAGGUGUUCCUGGCCACCUGGAAAGACAUCCCCAAUGAGAAUGAGCUACAGUACCAGAUAAAGGAGUGCCACCUCAACGCAGACACAGUAUCAGGGAAGCUGCAGAAUAACAACAUCUACACCAUUGCAAAGAGGAACGUAGAAGGCCAGGACAUGCUCUACCAGUCCCUCAAGCUCACCAACGGCAUCUGGAUCCUGGCUGAGCUCCGCAUUCAGCCCGGCAACCCCAACUACACGCUGUCUCUUAAGUGUCGGGCCCCGGAGGUUUCUCAGUACGUCUACCAGACUUAUGACUCUGUGCUGAAGACCUGAACUGCUUCAACACUUACAGCAGCUCUGAUGACAAACUGCAGUGUUUUAUCAUUUUCUGCCAUUUUCAGCUAACUGCCAAAACAAGGGAAUCCAAACAGUAAAUGAUGGAGACUAAAUAAUCUGGGUUUUCUUCUGAAGUGAUAAACAAGGCAAACAUCAAUCAAGAUUAUAGUGGGUGGUUAUUGUACUGAAAUUGAACAGGACAAACACUGUUGAUGUUUCCUUUAUUUUGGCAGUUGAAAGCAUUAUUGAAUCCUCUUAUUCAUUCCCCAUUUCUAUUUUUAACUCCCAGAGAAAACAUGUCAACCAUUCCAUCCUUAACUUAGUGUCUUAAUGUUGUUAAAAUGUGACUGAUGGUGAAACUGUCAUGAGUGAAAACAAAAAUAAUCCCCCCAGUUUCCAUAAAGCCAUUGUAUUUUUUAACAUUUUGUGGCCCACAUUCCUUUCGGAUUUGCUUUAUUUUUUUAUAUUGACUUUGCUUCAGUUGCACCUAAAGAAUAAUACCAGUGUUGCUUUGUUCCUAUUGCCAUUCAUGUUUGUGACGAGUGAAAACCUUCCUAUAUACAUUCUAUGGUAGAAACCAACAAUGUGAUUGUCAGAAGCUGCUAACGUCUGUCCUUCAGCAGGUUUGCCUCCUGGAGGUCAUAGCUUUCAAUAACUUCUAGAGACAUGCUUAAUUGACAAAUAUUAUAUGUAAAUCAGAUUGGGCAACGUAUGUACUCCUGCUCUUGUUCUCCAGCUUCUUGUAUUUUAUGUGAUUACUUCCCAUUUGUGCAGCGUUUUUGAUAUAAAUUCGCUUUUUCCUCCAUAAGUAUGAAACAUUGUGCAGAAAUUGGUAAAAACUUGACAUUCCAAACAGUUGGAAAAAGAAAAUGUAGACCAGAGAGAAGUAAGAGCACCAGAAAUGUAACCAACAAAUCCAGGCAUUUUAUUGCUGCUUCCCAUUUUCCAAUUAUAUUACUCACACUUUUGUCUCCUGCCAUUUGGGGUUUUAUCUGUGGGAGUGGAGGCAUCUACGUCACAAGUGAUAAAACACUGAAGCAGGUCCUGUAGACGUCUUUAUUACAAACAUCUUUCCAAGUACUGUUUUAUUUACACUCCACUUCUUUCACCUCAGCUGCACAUUAACGUCUAAUGGAGAUUUCACUUUUUUUAAACCAUGUUUUUCGUUUUGUUUUAGAUGUUUUAAUGGUUAAAUUCAAAAAGCAAAUGCAAAAAGCUAAAUAUAUAAGAAAUGUCAUGUGAAGCAACUUCAAUGGACCUGUACUCGCAUAAUAGAACUCAAUUUUUAUCAAUUAUAAAGUCAUGUAAAAAUUAAAAACUGUAGUGAGGUGUAUGCAGGCUGUUUAAGUGGAGGAAAGCACAUUGAAACGGUCAAGAAGCUUCUCACUGAAAAUAACACUCUGCACAUUUGUUUAAAUGACACAAACCACAGCGACUAUUAAUUCUGUUAACACACCAGUGCCACUUUGUUUUAAGAAUAUUUGCUACUUCAUUUCACAUGUCAUUUUCUUGUUCUAGCCCCGUUUACUGCAACCACAUAGUUGUAAACUGCUUCAUGCACCUACAUUUCCAUUCCUAUUUAUUGUGCAUCUACCUCUGUGUGUUUCCUUUUUUAACUGGCUUUAUUGUUGCAGUACUUUCAAUUCUGUCAUGUGCUUUUAAACGUUUUCACCUUCUUUUUUGAUACCAGUAUUUUCGUUAUCUUCAUGCAAUUGUUGUCGGGCCAGUCUAAACCUGGGGCAAGUCGGGCCAACCAAUCUAACAAAAUGCCCAAGCUUAUGUUUUAAUACCCUAGUGUCAGUAUAACCCUCUGAUGUUGGCUUUGUGUGUGCUUAUAGAACAUAGGGUGCAUAUGCUCUAAGGCCAAGAGCUGCACUAGUACAGUGUAGUAAAUUGAUGGUGUAGUUAAUGUAGCUAAUAAAUUUAAAUGUUUUGGUAUUACCCUAAAAAGGAAAUGAAGCCUCACCUCUAUCUAUUCAACAGAAAAUACGUUUUUGUGUUGGUGACACUCUUUUUCCUACAUGGUAAUGUAGACAUACAUUUUAAAUGUGCCUGCAUGAGAGCCCACUUUCGAUUUUAUGCUUUUUUUUAUGUAGGCUGUGGCUUUGCUUCAUUUAAAAUCUAAUCCCCCAACUUCAUGUCUCUGUUGUGGAUCUCAUGUUUUUAAGCAGCGUUGUCUCUAGCACUCCCACUACAAUCGAAAUAUAUCCAAAUCAUUUGUCAGCAAUGCAGAAUGUAUGGCAAGAGCUAUCAUAACAUCAUUGCUGCAAUCCUUUUGUAAAUUAUUUGUCAUUUUCACAGUACCACAUCUUAUGUCAUUAAACUGCCAAACACA